AUGAUCAAACUCGUCAUUUUUAUUACAUUUAUUUGCUUUGGUCUUGUUGCAACUCGUAGACCUUUUGGUAGAGGAAAUCACAACAGUGAUGGUGAUCGUUUUUCGUCGGGUGGUGAUAUCAAUCGAUGGGCAUCAAAAUUAUGUGUUAAUAGUAGUUUGGCUCAAUUGUUUCUUACCCAAACUCGAGCACUCAUCACACAGUUGAGUUCGAAUAGUUCAUAUGCACAAGUGCUUCAACAAAAAGCACAACAAAUAGCUUACAUACAAAAUGAUACCAAUGGAGCUCUUCUCUCAUCGAACUGUACACAAUAUUUCAAUGGUCUUGCAACUGCACGAAAUGCUGAUAUGAAGAUACAGCGUCAACAAAAAGAAUAUCAAAAGAUUGUUAAUCGUCUCUUCAAACAAAUCAUUGCAUCUCUCUGGAGUAAUGGUUAUAGCAGCAGUGAAGACGACUAA